AUGUCUACAUUUGCCAGGCGACGAAUUGUCCAAGACAUAUCCAAGAUUGCGAAGGAUCCUCCUGAGGGAGUCCGUGCGGAACCUUUUCCAGAUAAUAUGAUGGUAUGUCAUGCCGUCAUAAGAGGGCCAAAGGACACUUUAUGGGAGACCGGCACGUUUCACUUGUUGGUAAAGUUCUCGGAGGAAUAUCCAACCAAGCCGCCGAAAGUCAAAUUUCUUUCUAAAAUAUAUCACCCCAAUGUCUACCCAGAUGGACGUAUCUGCUUGGAUAUCUUACAAAACCAAUGGACUGCGAUAUAUGACAUUUCUGCUGUACUCAUGUCGAUUCAGUCAUUGCUAAGCGAUCCUAACAUCAAGUCGCCUGCCAACACAGAAGCUGCGAAUACUUUCCAAAGGGACAGGGUAACAUACGAUAGAAAUGUGCUAUACUGCGUAGAAGAUUCGUGGUUUGCACCAGUACUAACAGAAAAGGUGUUGGAAUUUUAG